UCGAUGUUCGUUUCUGCUUAAGUUAGCUGUGGAGGAUCAAUGGGGAACGCCCAAGCCUCAGCAUCUGAGCAGCAUCUCCUGUGCAACAGCUCUUGAGUCACCCCACUUCCCCGUGCCUCAGUUUCCCUAAUCUACAGAUGGGGCAAUUGCGGCACCAGGAUGGCGUGACUGGUCCUGAGGUGAGUCACUGCUGAGGGGAACGGCAGCCGAAACUACAGGGAGCCUCGCUGGUCCUGUCUUUUCUUCCUGAGCAGCUCCAUCCUGCUGUCCUCUGCAGUGGGAGCUCUGUGGCACCAGCCUUGUGGUCAUAACCAAGAGGUGGUGACUCAGCACAAGUGUGCUGGCAGGUCCCGAGCUCAGCAAGCAGGUCUGGCUCCAUCCCUCCCACGGCUGAUUACCCGUGAUGCACGCAUCCCUCUGAAGGCUGUGGCUUGUCCGGACCUGACGCUGUGCUGGUGGUGCAGGGAGCAUGCUGUAUGGGCUGUGUGGUGCCCUGGCCCGUGGUGGUGGCUUCCUCCUCCUGUGCUUACUGCUACAACCCCAGGUGGCCAGCCAGAGCUGGGGCAUGCCCUAGGGUUCCUAGCCCUACAAGUGGAAAUGGGAUAAAGCUGUGCUGUGAGCAGGGGCUGGGCCAGGCUGAUCCUGCUCCUUCCUUCCUUGCAGCUGUGGAGAAUCAAGCUGGAAAAAGAAAAGGGAAUGGCAGAGUAGGACUGGUGCCUCCCUGAGGGGUGGAUAGUGUUUUGAGAUCAGGCUGAGUGUCCUGGGGCCAGCAUCCAGCCUUGGGGUCUACACUGAGCAGGUACAAAACUGUAGGUUUCUCCAGGCAGCAGCUUGGGAUGUCAUGUCCUGCCUGUGGGCCCAGGCAUGGGACCAUGAUAUGGCAUCCACAGGUGUCACAGAUCCACCAGGCUCAAUCACUUGUCCUUUCCACAGCUGCCUCCACCCUCUGCUUGCCCCACUUUCUGAGAGGAGCCUGUUGGGGGGCAGGGGGGUCACCAUGCUGGGACACAAGUGUCCUGGGAUGGGGUACUAGGGGUGUCUCACUCAUGGGAUCCCCAGUAUCCAAAGGUGACAGUUCAAUGCUGAUGGUGGCCGGAGCAAAACUGCUGCCUCUUCCCUGAAGAGUUGUUCAAAAUGUCACAUGGAGGGAGAGGGAAAGGUGUGGGCUGUUUGAAUUAGCGAUGAGUCAGGCUGGCAAAGCCAGAUGGGGAGAGAGUGCGUGCCUGUGUGUUUGUGUGUGUAUAAGUAAUCUCUGGCUUUGUGUUUUUAUUAUGAUUAUUAUUUUUAUUUCCAGGGGAACGAUGAAUUUCUCCAACCAUCCCGUCCCACUGGAAAGGCUGGCUCUGCUGUCCUGUCCUCCCUAAGCAUCCUGGGAGCCGGAGUGACGGUCUGUGGCUGUUUUGAGAUUCAGGUUUGAGAUCAGAGCACAAACCAGUUCUUCCUCACCUUUCAUCAUCGCUGUGCUGGGGCGGGAGCGAGGCCUGGCUCUGCUGCUGCUGCCUUACAUGGAGGGAAGAAGAAACAGGACAGCUCUAUGAAUAAAACUUUCACUCCUGGCUGCCUGCAGCCUCAGAGCUGGAGGGGACAAACAGGCCGGCGGCAGAGGAGGCCACCAGGCGGGUAGAGAGAUGGCGACGGGCGCAGACGUGCGGGACAUCCUGGAGCUGGGUGGUGUGGAGUCAGAGAACACGGGCACCAUCAACAAAAAGGACAUCAUCAACUCAGAUAAGAAAAAAUCCAAGAAGUCUUCAGAGACAUUGACAUUCAAGAGGCCAGAAGGAAUGCACCGAGAAGUUUAUGCACUCCUCUACUCUGACAAAAAGGAUGCACCUCCACUGUUGCCAAGUGAUACAACUCAGGGUUAUCGAACAGUCAAAGCAAAACUGGGGUCCAAGAAAGUUCGGCCUUGGAAGUGGAUGCCUUUCACCAACCCAGCCAGAAAAGAUGGAGCAAUGUUCUACCACUGGAGGAGAGCAGCAGAGGAAGGGAAGGACUACCCUUUUGCCAGGUUCAAUAAAACAGUGCAAGUACCAGUCUACUCAGAGCAGGAGUACCAGAUGUAUCUCCAUGAUGAUGCGUGGACCAAAGCAGAGACAGACCACCUCUUUGACCUGGCUCGGCGGUUUGAUCUGCGCUUUGUGGUGAUUCAUGACCGCUAUGAUCACCAGCAGUUCAAGAAAAGAUCAGUGGAGGACCUGAAGGAGAGAUAUUAUCACAUCUGUGCCAAGCUGGCCAAUAUUCGUGCAGCUCCAGGCACAGACCUGAAAAUCCCAGUCUUUGAUGCUGGCCAUGAGAGGAGAAGGAAGGAGCAACUGGAAAGGCUGUACAAUAGGACACCAGAGCAGGUGGCAGAAGAAGAAUACCUCAUCCAGGAGCUUCGCAAAAUUGAAACCAGGAAGAAAGAGAGAGAAAAGAGAACCCAAGACCUGCAGAAGCUCAUCACAGCUGCUGACACCACCACUGAGCAGAGACGUGCUGAGCGCAAGGCUCCCAAGAAGAAACUGCCACAGAAGAAGGAGACAGAGAAGCCUGCUGUUCCUGAGACUGCUGGCAUCAAGUUUCCUGACUUCAAGUCUGCAGGUGUCACGCUGCGAAGCCAAAGGAUGAAACUGCCAAGCUCGGUGGGACAGAAGAAGAUUAAAGCCCUGGAGCAGAUGCUGAUGGAACUCGGAGUAGAUCUCAACCCUAUGCCCACAGAGGAGAUCGUGCAGAUGUUCAAUGAGCUGCGGAGCGACCUAGUGCUGCUGUAUGAGCUGAAACAGGCCUUUGCCAACUGCGAGUAUGAGCUGCAGAUGUUGCGGCACCGCUACGAGGCCCUGGCCAAAGCUGGUAGCAUUGGCCCCCUCAGUGCAGAAGGUGCCCAUCCAGAUGGCCAGGCAGGGCUCGGCAUCGAGGAGGGCAAGGGAGAUGCCAAGGACCAAAUCAUUGAUGUAGUAGGAGCACCACUGACCCCCAACUCGGUGAGAAGGAAGGUCGGGGGGGCAGAACAGGGAGCACUCAGGUCUCCGACGCAGAUGCCCUGACGAGCGCUGGGGACGCGGCCCUGCUCUCCCUGCCGGCGCGUGUGUCCACGGGAGCACAGCACGCCUGGUCCCCCCAAGUCCCAGUGCUGCCCUCUGGGCUCGUCUCCUGUGCUGGACAGUGUUCUUGGUGCUAUAGGUGGGGUCAGCAGGGCUUUCCACAUCCUGCAUGCAGGCAAAUGGCUUGACGUGGGUGCCACCGUGGGACCAAAGCAGCAAGGCUUUGGGUGACUAGAGCUUGCACUAGGGCAGCAACGGCGGUGCCAGUACAGCUGCAGGCCUGAGGCAUUUUUGUUCUAGACACAGGCCCAUAAGGGUUGCUCAGGAGAGGGGAGUGGGGAAAGCAAUCCUGAGAUGAUGAGCCAUGACCUAACCAAGCCCUGGAGUCAAGCAGUAGCCCUGCCUGGAGCAGGAGGCUUGGGAAGGAGAGGGGUGUUUGAAGAGUCAGAGUGGUGUUUUUACACCCUACUUCAGUGCUGAGAAAGGAAAGCCAGACCUGAGGGUUCUUCCACUGUGAGCCCUGUGACAAUGUCCUGUGCAUGGACCUCCACAGGAUGCUAAUCACCAGCCUCUCCUCCCUGCUUCCAUGAGGGCAGGCUGCCCAGCCCCUCACCACUGCCUCAGGGCCAAGGGUAUGCCCAGGGAUCAGCAGAGGUUGCUUUCCCCUCUGUCCUGUCCCCGGCACGGCUGAACUGAACUGCCUGAUAAAAGCUGCCCAUCUCCACACAGUGGCAUCCCCGACACCUCAGACAUACUGCCCCUGGUAGCGGCACAGACUUUUACUUUCUAAAAUGUAAAAUAUAUUGCAGGAUAUUGAGAACACCUUAUCUGUCAACAGUAGAGGUGACACAUUAAUCUGGACUUGAGUAAUGUCCUAUUUGAUUGUGACAAUAUGGAGUCAUAAGGAAGUGUUCCACUGGGACAGGUUCAUGUUUGCAAAGGAGUCUUCUGAAUUUUUUUUUUCCCCCUAUGGCACUAAGUCUGAAAUUUCACCCCUCCCGGCCAUCUGGAGUCUCCUGGUUUGCAAACUUCUCGGGCUGGUUCGCAACACACUUGAUGUCCAGUGAGUCUUUGCUUGUUGGGAAGGUGGGAGAGGUGGUGGCGGCAGCUGUGGCUGCAGGAGAAGGGAGCCCACGGGUGUGUUUCUGACCACGGUGCCACCUCCUGGAAUUGGAAACAAAGGGGUGGGCCCAGGCAGCACAGAGUGGGUUAAACUGACCUGAUCUCUGACAUAUUUGAAAGAAAUAUAAUCAAGUUAAUUCACUGCAAGGCAAAUUCAGUACCUAAAGGGCCCCCAUGUUAAAUACAGCACUGACCUUUACCGGCUGAUUACACAAAGAUGACACAAUUAGAUUAGUCCAAGACAAAAGGUCAAGCACAUUCACACUGUGACCAUUUUAUGCUACCUUUUGAGGGGGGGAAAAAUUACAUCCCAGCUGGAGGGGUGUCUUGGAGAUGGGGGGAAUAGGGCUGCUGUACCACCUUCUGCCUGGCUCAGGUAUGUUUGGAGAGUCAGGCAGGGCCUGGCACUGUGCUUGUUCCAACCUUUCCUGCCAUUCUGGGCAGUGUGGUGGUGGGAGAGACCAGCGGCCUGUGUCUCACAACCAGCUUUUCCAAGGGUAGUCUAAGCUGAGUGGAGGCCAUGUUGGCAAUGCUUCCUGCCCAGGGCUGGCAGGAGCAGCCCCAGUGCCUCUUGCUCAGUGUCAUGGCUAAAAUUGGCCUCUGGAAGUUCAAUGGUCUGGGGUCAGCCCUGAGAAGGGAGUGGUUGGGGCAGUCACUGGCUGCUGGGGUGCACACAGCAAUAACCCUGAGGUGUCCCAGGCCCUGUUGUGAUGGGGACAAAUCUUUCCCCCCACCUGGGGCUCUUGCAGUGGGAGGAGGCAGUAUCAGUAGUACCAACAAGCAGCUCUCUGUAGAGUGAGCCCAGUGAUGCUUUGUGGUGGCCUUUUGCUUCACUCCCUGCAGCCCUGGCUGUGGGUGCUUGUGAGUGACACCUUGGCCUUCUCCUCACCCAGGCUGCUUCAGUGGUUUAACCCUGCCACGCCAGCCCUGAACUCCUGAGUUCAAGUGUGUACUUUGCCACUGAGCUGCCCUGGGGGCCCUUGGGAGAAUCAUUUAAUCUCCCUGCUUCAGAUUCCUUGGAGUUCGAGAAUCCCUUUGUGCUGUCUAGCACUGCCCGUUUGUGGCACUCCACAUGUUGGAUUAAGCAUGAAUUAGUUCAGCCUCCAAACCAGCUGCUCCCCUGAAGCCAGACUUGUUUCCCUGGAGAAGAGUAUCUUGUUCCUGAUGUUGGAGGGAGUGAGUGGCAAAGCCAGGAAUAGGACUAGGAGUGCUGAGCCCUGCCCUGGCAUGCCUGGAUUUCUUUCCAGCAAUUGGUACAGAUGGGCAAAGGCACACACCAGGGUCCUGAGAUACUGGCUGUGGCAACAGCUGGCUGCCACCAUCCCCCUUGGCCAGCAGGGGGGACAGGGGACAUCUCAACAGGGUGUUUUAGCCCAGGUUAGGAAAGGCAACUGCCUGUCUGGGCAGUGAGACUCCAUGGGGCAGCAGGAAGCCUGGCACCGUUCUGCCCUGCCAUGUCCACUGCAUCCCUCCUGCCCUGGCUCAUGCCCACCCUCUCCUGGGGGCUGUGGUGCCCCUCACUGACCAUUAAAGCUGAGCUGGGAUCCCCUCAGUGCUGUCUGCUGAUGACCCUGGUAGGGACUGUCCUCGGGGCCUUCAGGAGGUGAAAGGUGAGCCGAACUCGGAACAAAUUAGUUCCAAGCAGAAGUUCAGCCAGUUACUCCAGAUUGGAUCCUUUGAUUUCCGCAACUCAGACUCCACUCAGUGAUCUGUAAUGAGUGACUCUCAGAAAUCCUCACAUUGCAGCACUUUGUUCCUGUGCUCACAAGUCAGCCCAUUAAUGGGUAAAGGAAAGGACCUCGAGUCUAAGAAGUCUCGGGUUCAGAGUCAGAAUUAUUUGACUUUUAAGCUUCCUUUAUCUGAACUCCUGCUGACUUCUUGUUUUCUGAGCCUGUUUGAAAGCUAGAAGUUACAUUGUUAAGAUCAAACAUUCUCUCUUUCCAGAUGGAGUUACAAUAUCUGUCUUUUAUAUAUAUAUAUUUUAAUAUAUAUAUAGUGUAUAUAUACCAGGGUGUAUAUAUAUUCCUCUUUUUUUUUUUAAUCGUUCUUUCCAUUAAAAGAAACUAGACUUGUA